GUUACAGAUGAAGACAAGUUUAUUUGAGACUUGCUCCUCUUAGAUCAAAGUGAAAAUGUUCAAAACAAUAGCGAUUCUGACAAUAGUAUACCUGUCAGUUGCAGAAUGCAACGAUAUAAGAAUAGGCUACGUUCAGCCUCAAUCGAAGAAGAUCUACAGUGAAAUAAAGGAGGCAAAUCCCGCGUUGUGGACCAGGACAGAUGACGUCAUAAUCAAUGCUCCUGGAAAUGAGCUUAUCACAGCUGUGUACGUCACGGAUUUGAGGGAUGACAAGGAUGGAGAAGCAUACAUAGAGAGCGGCGGAGUUGGGACCAAGAGUGUCACGGUGAGGCUAAAGAGUCCAUCGAUUCUGCGAGGGUAUAAAUUCGAAAUUGAAGUGUACGCCAGUGAUCCCAACGCCAGAUAUUACUAUAGUAAAGGAGGAGCCUUGCCAGUUUUCGACGCGUCAGUACAGUACCCGGUGAAAUAUUGAUUGGACUGAUAGUAAAUAAUACUGUGAUUUGUGAUUUUUUAUAUUUUGUGGCUGUUUAAAGAUGAGAUGAGUAAAGUUUUAAAUUCUUAAA